AUGUCCGACAAGUAUGUACUAUUAACUACAAGGACACUAUAGAUCUCACUGCUUGCAUGACAAACUGUGUAUAAAUGCUAGCCCUGAAAAUAUACUCAUUGAGAACUUGUUGAGCACUCUUUCGUGUCUGUGUGUCUUAUUUGCCAAACAAGAUCUCCCAUCAAUUGAUGUGGUGACGGGGGAUCGAGAAUCGAGGGGAGUUGAGUCCAGAACAGCAUUUAUCCUUUCACAUACAGUCCAACAUGUCAAAUUGGCAAAGAGGGAUACUUUAAAUUGAGGGGUGUGAGUGGGGGUGUGACCAGGGGCAGUGUUGUUCUAUGAAAUUUCAGGUGACUUACUAAUAACAAUUUAUGCAACUAAAAUGUAAUUUAGAACAAUGUAUCUUAUUUACACAGACUGAUUUCUAAACACAUUUAUUGUUGUUUAAAGACCCAUUACUGGGAGUAUUAUAGCUGUGGAGCUCUGUUCUACACUUAGAUACACCAACAAUAUAGAGCUUCUAGAAAAAAGGGGCAGGAGGAUUUGGGCCCAUAAUAGUGACGGUCCCUCCUAAGUAGGGACACUUGGGAGGUAUGGUUUAAAAGGACACUAUAGUCACCUGAACAACCUUAGCUUAAUGAAGCAGUUUUGGUGUAUAGAACAUGCCCCUGCAGCCUCACUGCUCAAUCCUCUGCCAUUUAGGAGUUAAAUCCCUUUGUUUAUGAACCCUAGUCACACCUCCCUGCAUGUGACUUGCACAGCCUUCCAUAAACACUUCCUGUAAAGAGAGCCCUAUUUAGGCUUUCUUUAUUGCAAGUUCUGUUUAAUUAAGAUUUUCUUAUCCCCUGCUAUGUUAAUAGCUUGCUAGACCCUGCAAGAGCCUCCUGUAUGUGAUUAAAGUUCACUUUAGAGAUUGAGAUACAAUUAUUUAAGGUAAAUUACAUCUGUUUGAAAGUGAAACCAAUUUUUUUUUUAAUGCAGGCUCUGUCAAUCGUAGCCAGGGGAGGUGUGGCUAGGGCUGCAUAAACAGAAACAAAGUGAUUUAACUCCUAAAUGACAGUGAAUUGAGCAGUGAAAUUGCAGGGGAAUGAUCUAUACACUAAAACUGCUUUAUUUAGCUAAAGUAAUUUAGGUGACUCUAGUGUUCCUUUAAUAUUUACUGGUUAUCAUCUGAACCUUGCUUCCCAGAGACAAAUCCUGCAUAGUCAGAAUUAGUCAUGGGGGGCAAUAUUUUGUUUUAGUGAAUGGCCAAGAUGUUAGCUUGACAAAAAAAUCAGAUGCAGGCAUGCUGUGAUUGAAGCCAUGACAGAUUCACUGUAAAGGAAUAUUUUAAAUAAAUUUACAAAAAUUGUUUGUAAAUACCUUUUUCUUUUCACUUUUUUUCUAUGACAAGUUGCACUUGGCAGCUUGCCAGAGAUUUUAAGUGAAAACUUCAACCUGCUUCUGGUUUAGAGGCUGGAUACCAUCAAGAAAUACAUAAACAUAGUUUACUUACUGCUGACAGUAUAUAUCAACUAAUCUAAAAUAUAAGGGCAUUUCCGUUUGCAAUGCUAUCUGUACUAAUUUGAAAUUGAAAUGCGGGUAUUAGAGAUCAUGUUUUGUAGUCAUUGAGAGUUUAUUGACUGUUAAGUACAUGGUAUAACAAGUAGUUAGCAGAUACGUUGACAUAUGAGAGUUGUGACUGCAAGAUUGUCUGACUUCCUUGAAUCCAAUUCUCUGCAUGAACCACUUCAGUCUGGAUUUCGUCACUUUGUGGACACUAAUCUCUUCUAAUUCUUCUUGAACUUUCUGUUGCUUUCGAUACUGUUGAUCAUAAACAACUUCUUCUCAUCCUCCAUAAUCUCAGUCUAUGAGAUUCUGUUCUUCUCUGAUUCUCCUAUCUUUCUCAGCAUUUUUUUUUCAGUGUUUUUUUUUUCUUUCUGGCUCUUCCUCUUUUCCACAACCCCUUUCUGUUGGUGUUCUCCAAGGUUAUGUCCUUCACUGCCCCUUGGUAAACUCAUCAGCUCCUUUGGCUUCCAAUAUCCCUUCUCUGUAGAUGACACGCAUAUCUAUCUGUCCUCUCCUAAACUCUGACCAUCCUUCUUGAUUGGUGUCUGACUGAAUCUCACUAUUUCUAACUGGGUGGCUACUCAUUUUCUUAAACUUAACCUGUACAAAACAGAACUUGUCUUCUCUCCUUCAAGCAUUGCUUCUUUCAUAAAAAUACACAAAUACAAAAAAGGAUAAGCGCUAAACAAUGAUACACUGGAUUAUCUCUUGCUGCAUUCAAUUAAGAGGGGUAUUCCCUUAAUAACUCCAUUAAAAAACAACUUACAAUUGACAAAGAACACAAAAAUACAGGAUGCACCAAAUGUCCCCAAAAAAAUUAUUAAAAAGUCCAUAGGACACAGUCAAAUAUAUUCUUUUUUGGCCAUGAAUUUUGAGCGGUUUGCCCUGCUCCAUAAAUUGUGAGUACUUUUCAUGUUUGUAUACCAACACUAUUCCACACAUCAGAGUGCACUAUUUUGCUUUUAGUUUUUUUUAAAUGUUAUGUUUCAGUUGAGGAAGAGCCUUGGAUCAGUGACAUCCCUUGGACAAGGGUUCUACCGUUCUGAACCUUACAUAUUAAGCUUACAUUAUAAGCUCUAUACUUGUGUUUUUGCUAUUUUUGUUUUUGACUUGCAACUAGUAGCUACUGUACUACACUAUUGUGUUUUUUGUUUUAUUCUCCUGCUUUGUAUGUGAUAAUGCACCAAUAAUUUAAAUCCUAGCAACUCACCUUUGCUGGAUAUUUCCUUAAGUGGGGAUUGUACCACUACACGUUAUCACACCUAGAGCUGCUCAAUACCUCCUACACUUGUUAGUGUAAAUUCCCUUAUUUAUGUUGCACGUUUUUAUAUUUCCCUGAAAAUACUACACAAUUGGUCCUUAUUUUUCUUGCUUUUUAUGAACCGUUAACCUGCCCUAACUAAGAAACUAUAUCACCUGGUCAAAGGAGAACAUUUUGGACUGUGUCCUUGGGACUUUUUCAUAAUUUUCUGUAGCUACUUUCAUGUCCUUCUCCCUCCAAGUCAAUGGCAUUAUCAUCAGCUCUACCUCACAGACUCACUGUGUCUUUUACUCCAACCUCUGCUUCACCCCUCAUGCCAGUCAACCUCCUAAUCCUGCAGCUUCCAUCUCAAUGAAAUAGCGCGCAUCCGUCCCUAUCUAAAAGCAGAAUUGGCUAAGGUACUAGAUCAUGCCACUAUGCUUUCUUGCCUUGACUACUGCAAUCUGCUUCCCAAUGGUCUUACGCACUCCCAGCCUGCCCUGUUACAAUGAAUGUAGUGGCAAGGCUCAUCUUCCUGUUCAUGUGCCCUUCCCAAUCUCUGCUGGUCCUUAACUUAAUAUGCAUGGGUAGUGAGUGCUGCAUGUGCAUUAGGCCUUCCCCUUAGGAAACACUGACUCAAUGCUUAUCUAUGGGGAUUCUGAAAACACUGGAUGACCUCAUGCAAAGCGAGAGGACGUCCAGCGUUGUUUCAGAGUCAAACUCCAUUCAAACUCCAUGAAACUGCCGGAAGUGUCUCUAGUGUCUGUCCAUCUAACCUAAUAUAAUCUAUGCUUAUUAGAGAGUUCUGGGAGUUGUACAUUGCUACAAAUCUUUUCCCAGAAUGUAAUUAGGUCAUCGUUAUCAUUAUGAAGACAAGGCUUCUACAAAACAUUUCUUCCUCUUCCAUGUGAUGAGUCAGUGAGAUAAACCUGUAAAAAAGGUCAUGUAACUGUAAGGGAGAACAUAAACUCGCAAUGACAACAACAAACUGAAUAAUACCCAAUGCAACAUUGUCUCCAAAUCUUCACUGAAGUAAAGAAAUUGUGUAAUUUCCAAUACUAUAUAUAACUCAUCAAGUAAUUACACAAAUGAAUGGGUUUUUUUGGAUAGUCGGAUGUAUUUCCUCUAUCUGGAUUCUCAGCCUUCAUUAGUGAUGACGCUUUCAUGGUUUUUCACUAAAGUGAGAAUUGUUGGGAAUUGUAAUGUUUUAGAUUGCAAUGUUAAGGGAACAUGGAUGCUGCACCCAGACCACUUCAAUGAGAUAGGUUGGUUUGGGUGCCUUUAGUGUGCCUUUAAAAGCUUUCCCUUCCCUCACUUUGGUAACACACCUUGCUUUAUCUCCUGCAACUGUGUCAUCCAAAAACAAUUUAGCCUUUAUUUUAAACUAUUCUAGCAAACUAACUUUCCUGUACAUGACAUACAUGCCACCCUUACCUCUUGUGUCACUAUGCCCCACUCCCUUUAGCAUGUAAGCUCCUUUAAGCAGGGUCCUCAAUACCCUCUGUUCCCUCGCCUUGUUGCAGAUACUUGUCUGUUAGUCCACCCAUUGUACUGUUCUGUGAAAUUAGUUUGUGCUUUAUAAAUAAUAAUAAUAAUAUCCCAACAUAAAAGAACAAUUUUCUUUCAAUACCACCAAUCAAAUAGGUUAAGUGAGAACCGGGUCCAACUGCACAGGAUGGAAGUAAUCCUUUCUAUUAGAUGAGGCACAUCUAAUGGCUUAAUGAAUCCCUGUGUUCCUUAAGUCCGAGAGAAUUAAAGGGGUAUAAAACUGAAGGUAAUUGGAGAAGGAGAAAGUGACAUAGAAAGAAGAGAGAAAGUGGGGGGAAGAGUAAAAAAAACAGGAUGGUGGGUGGGAAAUUAGAUGAAAAGAAAAAUAGAAUGGGUGCUGUAUUUAGACAGUUAGAAAAAGCCUGCAGCGCCACCACCGCCACCACCCACCAACCCAGUGACGGCCAGCAGGAGAGACCAGAGACCUGACCUGGGGAGCCCCAAGCCAGCAACCCCCAACCACUCUACAUCCCUCAGGUCUAGUGAUAUAUUCUGUUUGCUUCUCCACAUCUUGCGGUGAAAUCCUGUUUGCUUGUGCAAAGGAACCUCUACUAAACAGCACUUUCAUAGCCUGGUGCUCGCACAAUAUUGAGCUAUGCAAUUAGCAGAGGUACCGCUGUACCUGCAUUUCCACUUGCAAUUAGUACCAUUAUAGCAUUACAAAGUUAAAUCCCAAGUAGAAGAACAGAUCAGUGGAGGCUGAUCUAUAGGGGUAGCGGAGUCACUGCCCCAGUGACUCACCCAGUUUUUGUUGCAAAAAUAAAAUAAAUCAGCAUUGUAUGAACUGCUAAUAAUAGUAAAAAUAUGUGCCUGUCAUGAAUAUAUCUGCAGUUUCAAUUUUGCCAUUCAAAUUAUAAUUCUCUUUCUAAAACAUUGUAAGGAAUUAGGAUAGCAGAAUAGGGCAGAACAUGUGUAAAUUUCAGACGGACCAGUAGAUGUCAGUGUUCUUCUAGCAAAGAAAUAUAGAUAUGCAGUAACCAGACUAAAGAAAACACUCACAGGUCAAUUCACUCAUUUGAGAUAUUUUGGGAAUAAAUUUAAAAGGUUACUCUGAGCACUUCACAGAUUUCAAGUGGUUAUGGUGCCUGGAGUCUGUAUCUGCAGUGUUUUUUGCUGCUUUUCAAAACUCUGUACAUACAGAGAUUAACCUCUGCUGCUGGAGGUGUAACUCUGACAGAGUCAUUGGGUGUCAUAAAUCAGCCUGGAACAAGAGCUCCGUGGCUAAUGUUAAAACUGUGCAAAUUGUUGUCUGCAUGCUGGUGCCAGACAGACUAUGGCGGCAAGCCUUCCUCGCCUAUGGUGAAGGAGAGUGACGUUAGCGGACUCAGGCUACAGGCUGACCUUGGAGUUGGUGCUGUGUCUGAGGUAUGUUUUAUCUUUUAUCUAUGUAUUUAUCUGUUGGGGAAAACUAUACCAGCAAGGGUUACUGCAUCCAAAACCCAUAGUUUAUGAAAGCACUGUUUUUUGGUUGGAGUAAAUCUUUGAGGGUUAAAGGAUCACUAUAGGGUGAGGAACACAAACAUGUAUUCCUGACCCUAUUAUGUUAAAACUACCAUCUAGCCCCCCUGGACCUCUCAUGCCUCCAUAAAUAUAGCAAAAUCUUACUGUAUUCAAGCCAGAGGCUGUAGAUCUGCAUGCUGUUUGACUCAGAAUAGCAAGCUGUCUAUUGACAUCAGCAGAAGUGGUAGCCUGAUCCAAUCACAAUGCUUCCCCAUAGGAUUGGCUGAGACUGACAAAGAGGCAGAUCAGGGGCAGAGCCAGCAUGAUUCAAACACAGCCCUGGCCAAUCAGCAUCUCCUCAUAGAGAUGAACUGAAUCAAUGCAUCUCUAUGAGGAAAGUUCAGUGUCUGCAUGCAGAGAGAGGAGACACUGAAUGUUUGGAUGCAUUUUAGACAGCCAUGACCCAGGAAGGAUCUCUAACAGCCAUCUGAGGAGUGGCCGGUGAAGUUAUCACUAGACUGUAAUAUAAACACUGCAUUUUCUCUGAAAAGACAGUGUUUACGGCAAAAAGCCUGAGGGUAAUGAUUCUACACACCAGAACAAAUUCAAUAAGCUGUAGUUGUUCUGGUGACUAUAGUGUCCCUUUAAUAUAGCCAGACUGGAAAAAUUCAGCUAUGCUUUCAGCUUGGCUAAUUUGGCCUUAAAUUUGAAAUUCAAUAAUAACUCUGUCAGUAUUAUUUAAUAAAAGUCAGAAUCUAAAAUGAGCACCAAGAAUUUCCAGAAUCUACUUACAGAACCUCAGAAUUCAACAGCAGCAAAAAGUAACUACCCCCUGGAAGACUAUACACAUGCUUUUUUAAUAAUUUUAUUAUUAUUAUUGUUUUUUUUUUUUUAAAGUAUGUGAGAAUGUGUUAUUUGACAGGAAAUAUGUAUUCACUGUUUAACCCCUUAACAUCAUUACGGCAUACUAUGCUGUCCUGCAAAAACAGGGCUUUAACACCGUUAUGGCGGCAUAGUUCACCAUAACUAUCUAGCCCUGCAGGGAUAGCGGACACUUACCUUCUGCAAUCGCGUUUGGGGAUCGGGGGGAUUGCCUGUCAGCCCAGAAAGUCCCCCUGCAGCAAAUCCACCCUUCCAGGCUAUGUGAUCACGAUGACAUUGCGAUCACAACACCGGAUCGGUAGUGAACAUCACUGUCUGCAGGGGGACUGUCUGGGUUGUCAGGCAGAUCCCCAAAGCUGUAACAAAAAAACAAAAAAAUAUUAUAGGAAAAGAGUUAAAUAAUAUGCAAUCAUAUAAUAUAAUAAUAGAAAAUAUCAUAUACAUAAUUUCAUUCUUAAAAUAUUUUGAUAUUAAUAUAUAUAAAUAUCAAAAUACACUAAAAUAAAUAUAUAUAUAAUUUCACCUGCCAAAGAUAGGGUACAUUGAAGUUGUGGCAGGCUUAUGCAAUGUAUGAUCAUAUAAUGUAACUAAACCCCCAUUAUUUUUGCCUAGAUUAGGUGGGUUUUAAAAAACUAAUAAAAUCUGUUAACAUUGAAGUUGCUGUUUAGUGGAUAGGAAGCUGAGUGCGUUUAGUGGAUAGGUGAGUGCGUUGGAUCUUCUGUAUUAUAUAAUUUCAUUCUGUGUAUUUUGAUAUAUAUAUAUAGUUAAUACAUUGCUAAGCACCAGUCAAGCCGUAAGACUUGCUUUUCCUACAGAACUCUCACUUUUACAGUGCUCUCACUACUGCAAGGGAUUCUGGGUAGGCGUAUGCAAAUUAGUUCAACAAAGAACCACAUUUUUGCCUCAUAAUUCCACUCUAUACAUGGAUUCCUUGUAGUAUGUGUCUGCUGUAUACAACAGCUUUGAAACACAACUCAGGAAGAGGAGCAAAGCCAGCAAACCACUCAUGGACAGCUGUUUCGUUGUCAAUGCAACUCAUCAGCAUGAGGUUGUUUACUGGCUUGCUUUAUAGGCUUGGCGUUACUUGUAAAGUACAUACCAAUCUAGAUGUGAUCGGAGACAAUAAAAAAAAAAUUAUAAUUCUGAAACUUAUCAUGAAGCCCUCUGGGGUGCAGUUCUUUGGAGAGCUAUAUAUACAAAUAUUUUUAUUUUUUUUAAUGUGUAUAUAUAUAUGUGUGUGUGUGUGUGUGUUUGUAUUAUUACAUAAUUAUGUGAUUUUGGUUUUUAGUCUGUGAUCCAGUUACACAAACUUGAAACCUUUUCAAAGAUGGCUUCCAUGGCUUCUGAUGCUCUUCACGUGGUCUCAGUCAGUCACACACCAGCUAGCAAAUCCAGACACACAGAAUUCGAAAUGUCAGGGCGCCCUUUUCCAUUGCGCGUAAUGUUUCCUGUAUGCAAACAAGCUGUCUUACAACCGCCUGUUUAAAACUAUCCGUAUAUUAUUCCAUUUUGUUUGCGAAACAUCUUUCAUUCUGUUUUUGGAUAACACGUGCGGACAUUUUACUCCCUCACCUUGAUGGUGUGUUACUUGUAUUGCUGCCUAUAAACAUUAUUUCGAAUCUAUACAGACAGGCGCGACUAGGACAGCCCUCAUCGAGUUCACAACGUCCAAGCAGGAUACCCGGCGCCAAAACAGCGCGCAGCUUGAAGCAGCGGCACGGACUAACUGCCGGCAGACAGAGAGACAGAGAGAGCACUCAGGGUGUGUAUAGACCGGCAUGGGUGUAUGAGAAUGAUCUAUAUACUGUAGCUAUAUGAGAUCGGUGUAUUGUGGACUGAGACUCCUAUCACUGUGAGCCAGCUUGUGUCUGGCUGAGAGUCAUGGGAGUUAGUGUGCACAAGGCAUCUCCAGCCACAUAUCAGCUGACACUCUCAGCCAAUGAAUGACCUGAAAACUUGACUUGGUAAAAGUAGAAUCCAAAUCCCCACUUUGGCUGUGAGGCACUGCAGGCACCUAGUGUGACCCACCCACAUACAUGUCACCCCAUUCAUUGCAAAUAGAGUGAACUUUGUCACCAGGGAGCACCGGCGCAAUAACUGCUACAGUGACAUGAAGUGGUUAUGGUACUGUCACUUUUAAAAGACCGCUAUAGGCAACCAGACUACUUCGACUCAAUGAAGUGGUCUGAGUGCAGUGGCCCUGUCGUUUUCCUCCUGCAGUGUAAACCAUUGCGCUUUGUAGAUCUGAUCAUCUUUACAUUGUAGUGUUAAAUCAUACCGCCCAGUUGACCCUAUUGUGGAGGGUCAGUACCUAAUUUGAGCCCCUAAUGUCCCUCUUUCUUGGAGCUCCACAUUGUUGGUGUGUCUUGGUGUAAAACAGAGCCCUACAGCGGUAAUACUCGCAGUAAUCAUUUCUUUAAACUACAACAAAUGUGUUUACACUGUGUGUAAAUAAGAUAAUUAUUUAUCGUUCUAAUUUACAUUUUAGUUGCAUAAAUUGUUGAGUAAAUUACAUGAAAUUUCUCAGAACCACACCCCCACUCAUACUCCUAAAAUUAAAGUGUCCAUCUUCUGUCCAUGCUGAGAAGUAUGGAUAAACAAUCUUUAGUGGUUGUCUUUCUGACAGCCCCUAAAGGGUUCAUCUGCUCCUACAACUGAGUUAGACUGCUUUAUGUGAAGUUCAAUGAACUCACGCAUUGCAUGAUGGUGUUUAACUUCCUCUAAUGCUUUUUUGAUUUAUUUAAAGGACCACUAUAGUGCCAGGAAAACAUACUCGUUUUCCUGGCACUAUAGUGCCCCGAGGGUGCCCCCACCCUCAGGGAUCCCCUCCCGCCCGACUCUGGAAAGGGGAAAGGGGUAAAAACUUACCUUUUUCCAGCGCUGGGCGGGGAGCUCUCUGCCUCCUCUCCUCCUCCGAUCCUCCUCUUGGACUGAAUGCGCACGCGCGGCAAGAGCUGCGCGCGCAUUCAGCCCGUCGCAUAGGAAAGCAUUUAGAAUGCUUUCCUAUGGACGCUUGCGUGCUCUCACUGUGAAAAUCACAGUGAGAAGCACGCAAGCGCCUCUAGUGGCUGUCAAUGAGACAGCCACUAGAGGAAAUUGGGGAAGGCUUAACCCAUUCAUAAACAUAGCAGUUUCUCUGAAACUGCUAUGUUUAUAAAAAAAUGGGUUAACCCUAGAAGGACCUGGCACCCAGACCACUUCAUUAAGCUGAAGUGGUCUGGGUGCCUAGAGUGGUCCUUUAAAAAAACAAACAAAAAAAAACAUUUAGGGCCGGUUUCCCCAAACUCCGGCACUCCAGAUGUUGCUGAACUACAACUCCCUUGAUUCUAUGAAUGAAAUAGGCUGUGAAUCAUGGGAGUUGUAGUUCAGCAACAUCUGGAGGGCUGGAGUUUGGGGAAGCCUGAUUUAGGGGGUCUCGUGAUCUAAACAGUGAGUAGUACACUUUUAGUGCUAGGAAUUCACGUCUGUAUUCAUAACACUAUAGUGUUCCUUUAAAGGGACACUAUAGUCACACAGACAUACUUGAAAACGAGAGAAAUCUCAAUGUAUCUUUCCUGGUAAAAUAUUUUAUAAAUAAACAACCUCAUGCUGAUGAGUUGCAUUGACAACGAAACAGCUGUCCAUGUGUGGUUCACUGGCUUUGCUCCUCUUCCUUAGUUGUGUUUCAAAGCUGUUGUAUACAGCCGACAUACUCCAAGGAUCCAUGUAUAAAGUGGAAUUAUGAAGAAAAAAAUGUGGUUCUUUGUUGAACUAAUUUGCAUACGCCUACCCAGAAUCCCUUGCAGUAGUGAGAGCACUGUUAAAGUGAGAGUUCUGUAGGAAAAGCAAGUCUUAUGGCUUGACUGGUGCUUAGCAAUGUAUUAACUAUCAGGGCUAGGCAACCUUCGGCACUGCAAUUGUUGUGGACUACAUUCCCCAUAAUGCUCUUACACCCAUAAUGCUAGCAAAGCAUCAUGGGAGGUGUAGUCCAAAACAUCUGGAGUGCCGAAGGUUGCCAAUGCCUGAACUAUCUCUCUCUCUAUAUAUAUAUAUAUAUAUAUAUAUAUAUAUAUCUAUAUAUCUCUAUAUAUAUCAAAAUACACAGAAUGAAAUUAUAUAAUACUCAAGAUCCAACGCACUCACCUAUCCACUAAAUAGCAACUUCAAUGUUGACAGAUUUAUUUAUUUUUUAAACACCUAAUCUAGGCAAAAAUAAUGGGGGUUUAGUUAAUUAUAUGGUCAUACAUUGCAUAAGCCUGCCAUUAAAGUGGUCUGGGUGCAGUGUCCCAGUCACCUUAAAGAAAUACUAUAGUGUCAGGAAUACAAAGCUGUAUUCCUGACCCUAUUGCUCCCCCUCUCCACCCUACCUUGCACAUCCUCCUCCUUGGUGAAUAAAGGGUUACACUUCGCCCCUUCCAACGUCCCGCGACGAGCAGAUGCUAAUGCUGCGGCAAAUGCAAAAAAAAUAUGACCGUGGAUGCCUAUAGUGUCCCUUUUAACCCAGUAAUUGUAAUAAUUUCAAUUAUUGAUAAAAUACCUACCAGAAGACCCCUAGAGGCAAGCACUAUAGUUUCUGUUUAAGUAUUGCAGUAUUCAUCCUGGUUGGAGUUAUUUGUAACCAUUUUUUUUCAUUAUAGGUGCAAGAGAAGCAGCAGAGAUGCACAUAAAAUCUAUUAUUAUAGAAGGUUUCAAGUCAUAUGCCCAGAGGACAGAAAUAAAUGGCUUUGACCCCCUGUUUAAUGCCAUCACUGGGUUAAAUGGUAGUGGCAAGUCCAACAUUCUCGAUUCCAUCUGUUUCUUGCUUGGCAUCUCCAAUCUGACACAGGUAUGCAAAGGGCUUGGGCAGAUAUUAUAAAUUUAUGUCAGACAGGGAUCAAAAUAUCUACUCAUGCUGUCACCAUGAGCGAGGGAAAACUGAGCCCUGGUGAGGUAGCCGGGAUAAGGAUGUCUAAUUUUACCCAUCAAUGUAAAAUCAUUGUGGCAGCCGGAUGGAACUAAAUCUACAGCAGCUUUCGGUAUUUUGGAGACUCUUGGACCAGAGCUUCUGCCAGUGGGAACAUGUCAGGCAACAGAUUGCUGUAUAUUUUAUCACCAAUUAGCUAUGCUCACUGGCAGCUUAUGAUGUUACAUCCCUCCAGGGUGAACCUCAUGGAAACAGCACUGAUCUGUAUUUGAUUACGCAGAACUGCGCAAUGUAAGUUAAGAUGUGGUAAUAGCAAGAUGGUUGUGAAAUUGACCCUUGGGAUGGUAAAGGGGUUGUUGGAUGUGACAUUAUAUUGGGAAAUAAGGAUUUUAUAAGGGAUAUGGUGGAAAAAAAACAAAGGCUCGCCACGUAAAAAAUAACACUUUGAUCUUUGAUCUGACUAAUGGUCCUAAGUACAAAUUUAUCCCUUCAUUUACACAGUCUAACACUCCAUGACUGAAAAACAAAAUAUUUUUCACACACUUUUUUGGUCUUACUGAAGACUUAACUGUGUUGUGUAUGUGUUACAUUUAUAAUAAACUUUGCAACACUAAGAUAUAUUGGAUGCCAGCCGUAACUCGUAGUUUGUUUUUGGUUUAAUAUUUUUCCAUUGUUCUCUGUAUUACUAACUGUAGAUGUUUGUGUACAUUUACUUGCUAGGUGAGAGCCUCCAACUUGCAAGAUCUUGUCUACAAAAAUGGCCAAGCUGGAAUUACCAAAGCCACUGUUUCAAUCACCUUUGACAACCAUGACAAAAAGCAGAGUCCCUUAGGCUUUGAAGCACAUGACGAGAUUACAGUGACCAGACAGGUAGUUUAUCAAUAUCCAAUCCAAACAUGUUGUUCCCGGUAUAUCAGUGUUGUAUGUUUGAAGUUCUAAAUCGGGAUGCUAAUGCCAGUUUUCAAGAACUAUCGAUUUUACAUUAUUGGGGGAUUUCCAAAUUUGCUGAAUCUUGGAAAUCUAGUUUUUGUAUUAUAUUAAAGUGACUUACUUGGCCUGUAUAAUUUGUCCUGUCCUUGUGAGUUGAAUCCAUCUGAUGCUUUAGAUUACCACACUGAUAGCACAAGUGAGCUACAAUUCUCUCUUAUUUCUGAAAAGAGAGUACAGGCUUGCGCCAUAACAUCAGCUAAGUGAAGUGGUUUUGUUCCCUAGUGACCCUUACAAAUAUGAAAUUGUUAACAUUUUUUUUUUUUUUUUUAAAUCAAAAACAGUAUAAAUAAAAUAUAAAGGGAGCCUCUGUCUACAAGUAAAGCAGUAAUAAUGGAAAGUAGUGUCUCUAGUAUGCCCUGAUUUUGUCAUAUAUAUUUGUUUGCACAAUACAUAGCAUACAUUGAAAUAUCAAGAACAUGUAUUAUUUAUGUUUAGUAUAGAAAGAGAUUUGCUAAAGGAAAAUGAAAGUACAAGUUUUCUAUUGUACUCAUCAGCAUUUGCAUCUUAUUCUUUAGAGUGGAACUGAAUAGCAUGUUUCUAUGUGACUAAAUAUAUGGGUCAGUAGUCCAAGUGGAGGAACUGUCCUAGUUCAUUGUUGCUCUUUAAGAUCUAUUAUAUUCAAAAGCAUUGUGGGUUUGGGCUUUGUGAAGUAUAACCGUGCUUGUUAAUUAUAUUAAUUAAAAUUCUCUAUGAUGGCUUUACCCAAGUCCGUGACAAUCUUCAAAUGCUUUGUUUUUUCAGUUGUGUGAGAUAGCUUAACUCAGUUUACAUUCAUAAUGUUUUUCAUUUUUAAGGUUGUCAUUGGUGGCAGGAACAAAUAUUUAAUCAAUGGAGUAAAUGCCAACAACACUCGUGUGCAAGAUCUUUUCUGCUCUGUCGGCCUCAAUGUAAAUAAUCCUCAUUUUCUUAUCAUGCAGGUAAUUAUUGCGUUAAUAGCAUGGAUAUCUUGUUGCAAACUGCUAUAUUGAAAAUCAAAAUGCUAAAUCCUCACAUAUGAGCACAAACUAGCAGCGUGUUACAUACUACCAGCCUUUAAAAAGUAUGGCAGUCACGAGAAUCUUAUCAGGAACACCAUAGCCAGCCGACUUAAGUGGGACACCAUGUAUUGACACCUUCCCCAUGGCCAUCUCUUCUUCUUUUUUUUUUUUUUUCCUUCAACUAUAUCUUCAUUUUCUGUCUUUUUUUCCCUCUAUUAAGUAAGGUACUGUACCAUCCCUUGUUAAUUUUAAAACACAGAUCAGGGGUGCGAUAUGUUUUAUUGUAUCUUGAUACAGACAAUACAUAUAUUGUACUGAUGGCUGUACUUAAGUGUAUUUUUAUACCAGAUGGACCAGAUGACAGUCUAUGCUGUUAUGCAGUGCAGGACUUUAAUGCCCAAUGACGGCUUAGACUGUCAUGCAGUAUAAGUACCAGCAGGGGCCCCAGACUAACCUAUGCUGUGUUUGCAUAGCUCAGUGUGUGCUAAAAUCAGGAUUUUAAAUGGGGAUUUAAUUCCCCAUUGUAACAAUGCAGUGUGAACAGGGUUAAAUCCCACACAAGCUUAGUGAUAAAAUCCCUCACAAACUUUGUGAUAAUUUGGUAGUUUUUUGUGGGGUAAUUUCAAUAGUCCAACUGCUAUAAUGCCCCAAUAUGACACUUAUCUAUCCAUAAAAAUCCUAACGGUAAAAGCUGAAAUGGCCAGGUCUCUUAUAUGGCAUUGUAGUUUCACAGGAUAGUGGCAAAAGCAUUCAUCGGACGUAUUGUUGUACUCAGAAGACGUAGCUGAACACAAUAUGGGAUUUGUACAAUAGUAUCACACAUCAGGUUUAUGAAAUACUUGUUUAUAUGUGUGUGUGUUAAAAACAGGGGGAAAUAAAUUUUACUGCAAUAUUUAGUAGAGAUUGGCAAUUAAAUGGCUACAUAAUAAGUGUCAAAAUACCCUUAGAUAAAUGGCUUAUGAUGUCUACUUUAUUAAAAUAUAUACUUUUGUGUGGCUCGGACACAAAAGUUUUUUUGUGUGUCCAUAGAAAAUUUUACCCCGAUGCUGGCCGCUUUCAGGAGGGACGUGGGGGAGUGGUCGUACCCCCACAUCUCCUGGCUUGGACAAGUCCAAGUAGCCAAAAUGAAUUUCCUCCCACGGCUCCUAUAUCUGAUGCAAGCCAUACCCAUUAAGAUCCACCAGAUGUACUUUAGAUUUCUCCGUAGGGUGAUGGGGGGGGUAUGUGUGGAACGGGAAGAAACCUAGACUUAAAUAUUCACAACUCGCACAACCAAAGGAACAGGGGAGUCUGGCACUACCAGACUUCCACCUAUACCAUGUGGCGUGACACCUCCUGCGAGUCCUGGAAUGGACGAAAUCCAAUGUACACAAACAAUGGAAGGCCAUAGAGGAAGCGGACCUCGGGAAACCCAUAGCCCUCGCUCCAUGGCUGCUGAGAGAGAGAGGGGGAGAUGUGCCCGCAUACGUGAGGACCACCCUCCGGGUGUGGCACGAGACGGCAGACCGAUGUGGCCUUACCCCAUACCCUUCCCCAUUACUUCCCUUAACGUAUAACACAAACUUUCCACCAGGAUUGGACCCCCUGGCGUUUAGAGACCUCCUCGCAGACCCACUGCCCAGACUAUACCACAUAUGCACACGGGGGAGGAGGGCCAUAUCUGAUAUAGUAUAAAAUGGGAAGCAGCACUGAACCAAAGCUUUAGCGAUAACGAAUGGGGGAAGAUAUGCUUACUAACACACCACUGCGCAGUAUUUAGCAAACAACAAGAAACAGCAUAUAAGCCACUCACACAUUGGUAUCGUACCCCUGACAUCCUACACAAGAUGUACCCAGACCACCCAGCACAAUGUUGGAGAUGUGGGGCCUUGGAAGGGACCCCAUUACACAUUUGGUGGGAUUGCGGAAAGAUAAAACCCUUCUGGCAGGGGAUACACAGAAUGCUACAGAUAUUUGCAGAUCAGCCACCCCCUCUCGACCCUGCUGCGAUGCUCCUCCAUCAUCCCACCACACCAAGUAACAGGUAUAAAAGAUCAAUCACAAUUAGGAUACUCAACGUAGCCAAACAACUCAUCCCACAACACUGGAGGAGCACGGACGCACCCACAUUAGACAAAUGGUUUACCCAAAUGGAAGAAUUAAAGGCAAGAGAAGCCAUACAUAUGAAGUCUUCUGACAGAACACAAAGAUACCUUGACACAUGGACACACUGGAUACUGACAAGGGCAGGGGAGAGAUUUGCGGACAAACUCCAAGACAGAGGGGGACCCCAGUAAACCCCCCAAAUAUCACACUGACAGAGAUAAUAAAGCAGGAGAUACAUAACCUGACUACAAAUCCAGCUCCCUCCCAAACUCGGGGCCGAACAAGACAGGGACAGUCUCAUAACCCCUACUACCCUUCCCACUUCCCACACCAUGGUGACAUACAUUACUCCACACCCCACACACUGAACUGUGUGAAAGAGAGUUACCAUUCCAUGCAAACUAUCAGUUCAUGACCUACUGAACCCCAGACACCCACAUACAAAAUGAUUCCUAUGUAUAUUGGCAACCUAUCAGAAGGGACCUGUGAGUCCCAGGUAGAUAACAUGAUGUUUAACCGCUAAAGACCUGCGAGUCUACCAAAAUGCGGAUCCAGAAAAAAGUCCUGCGUGCCUCAGCAUUCAUUGUUUUCUCCACUUUUGGGCACCUGCGUGUCCCAAUCUAUAUCUUGCAACCCAUUGAAGAGGCAAAACAACAAUCAAAAUAUAUUUACAAAAAAUUUUUUUUAAAUGGCAAUGUAAAGUGGGGGGGGGAGGAGAUGGGUGGCGCAUUUGUAUUUUAAUUUUUUUUUUAUUUUUUAAUAAACUUAUUUAACAUUUUGUUUUCGUCCCCCCUCCAUGCUUCUGACCUGGCCAGGGAGGGGGGAGAUGGCACGUACUGUGCAGAAGGGGCCCAGCAACACUUCUACUUCCCUUCCCAGCAGCUCCCCUGUCUAACUCUCGCGGCCCGUGUGCUGCGCGAAGAGUUGCCGUGGUAACCUGUGGCAAUGCUCUGACAUUCGCAAGAUUUAGACAGGGCAGCUGAAGGGAGCUGCUGGGAAGGUAAGUAAGAAUGUGGUGCGGGCCCUCUCGAAAUGCCGGGCCCCAAUGACUGCCCUGGUCUGCAUUAUAGGCUAUAUCGGAAUUGUAACAGACUUUUGGUUCGUUAUCUGACGCUGGACGUCCUCACGCUCUGGAUGAGGACCUCCAGCGUCAGAUUUUUUCCCAUAGGAAAGCAUUGAUUCAAUGCUUUCCUAUGGGGAGGUCUGAUGCGCGUGUGGCAAAUGCCGCGCAUGCGCAUUAGACCCCGCUUGUCACAUGACGCAAGGGACAUCGGCACUGAGAUAAGAUAAGUAAAGGGAUUUUAACUCUGUAUAUUCUGGGUGGGAGUGGGAGGCAGAGGGAUCGGUAGUGCCAGGAAUACAGCUUUGUAUUCCUGGCACUAGAGUAUCCCUUUAAAGCUUAAAAAUAUAGUCUCCCUACCUUUAGUACCUCACAGAAGCUGCUGAAGGCUCUGUGGCUUACUUACCAGUUGGCAGGUUUCCAUGUUUUUGGAUUCCUCCCAUUCCUCCUUUCUUUUUUCUUGUAUUUGUUUGCUCUAAAAUAAUUUGUCGUUUUUACUUUUGUUUUAAUUUUUUUAAUGUAUUAUUUUUAGGGUCGAAUUACUAAAGUCCUGAAUAUGAAGCCUCCAGAGGUACUGUGUUCCUGUGGUAUAUGUCUGAUCUUUAUUAAAGUUACAGUAUACAGAGUUGUUUUGUCUUGCUCUCACCUGGUAAUUAGCAGCUUUGUUUUGAGAUUAGAACUCCUCAAUGAAAAACAUUUUAGUUACUUGACUCUUUGUGAUGCUACGGCGAUAUUUGUUCAGAAGAACUCCAUAAAUCUAAGAACCGCAAAUUGUGGUGGGUGGAGGGUCUGUUUCAAUUGUAGAUAUGCUUAUAAUGUCAACUUUUCAGUUCUGUCAUCUUUUUAUUUUUUUAUUUGUAAUUCAUAACUUCAUUGCAUAUUCUAAUAAUAUGGUAGCUGUUUUUAAUGCUACAGUUAUUAUAAUGCAUAAAUAUCUUUUCUACAUUAAGGCAUCACUAAUCAUUUUAGAUAACAUCUUUAUUCCAAUACUAAAUGGCAUCUUGCAUCUAUAUUUUUUUUUUUAUUUAGAGACCCUAUCAGCUCUGAAAAUAUAAGGAUUGGUAUUGGAUUAGAUUAUACUUUUCUAAAGUUCAUGGUUGCCAGAAAUUUAACCUGGCUGACAGUGCAGGGCUGCUGUGCAUGGCUUUAUUGCUGAAUGGAUGGGUGCAUGAAAAAUUACUUCUGACAACCACCUCGUAUUUCAUGUGUCAAGCAGCUAGGCAUCUUGGCAUUAGGAAUGUACUCCGAUACAUUAGUUAGAAUAAGUGUGUGUGUGUGUGUGUAUAUGUGUAUGUGUGUGUGUGUGUAUAUAUAUAAUGUGUGUGUGUAUAUAUGUGUGUGUGUAUCUAUCGAUAUAGAUAGAUAUAGAUAUUGAUAUUAUACACAAACACUGACAAAUAGUACAACCUCUGCUGUGAUUUUACAUAUGAGGACAUAAGAAACCUCUUUUCCUUAGUAGUUUUUAAACUGUGUCUUAGCAGGUCUUAAAAUUAGGUAAAUACAACCACAGAUGAACAACACAUUACAUAUUACACAGUGCCAUGAUUUGGGCUAAAUAUAUGUAUCUCGUUUUUUCUUUCUUAUGUAAAUAUAACAUUUGGAUGACUUGAGUUCUAUUAAGGUUCUGUCAGUUAGGACAUAGUGAAUGGUGUCAUGCAGUUUUGUGUGUAUUCCUGUUAGCAGAAUAACAAGAUACAACUGUACAGUGUAAUGGUCUUGCCACUAAAUUGCACCCUAUUAAUGUUGUUACAGAUUCUAGCUAUGAUUGAAGAAGCUGCUGGUACCAGGAUGUAUGAAUGUAAGAAACUUGCUGCCCAAAAAACAAUUGAGAAGAAAGAAGCCAAGCUCAAGGAAAUACAGACGGUAAAUCCUUAUUAAGAUUUAUCAACUAAGUCAGUUUAAGUCAAAUACAGAUUACCAGCCACUUGUGUACUUCACAAAGGCACUCACUGUACCAUCACCACUACAGCUAAAUAUAUUGCAUUACUCACACAACAGGAAGGUAUUUGGUGCCUCUGGAGCACCAUUACAACCCUCAAAAACAAUUUGACACCCAUGGGGAGUAUGGAAACCAAGGCCUAACAAAGCAACAAACUAAUUUUUAUAAUUGCACUUUUAAUUGUAGAACUCGAAUCAUGGAUCCUAUGUUACACAUAAUCUUAUGUUUUAUAUAUUCGUUUCUUCUUGUUAAUGUAGAUUCUGGAAGAAGAAAUAACUCCAACCAUCCACAAACUAAAAGAGGUAAGUGUUCAAAUCAGAGAGAAUAUUUAAAAACAUGGGCCUUUUGUGUUUUAUUUACAGGGACAACUAGCCUUAUUUUGGAAACCUUUUUUCCAAAAAUCAUUACUACUGGCUGUAAAGAUUGUAAUUUACAAAAACUUCAGACUACACCCGCAUUAUUAUUUCUAAUGUCUUUUUGUCCGUUGAUGGCAUAUGUUCCCUUUCUAGCGUUUUAUUUCUGGUUGCAGAUUAUUGUAUAACAUUGUUUUGCUGUGACUCUGUAACUUUAACAUACUUUUACAGACAAAUGGCCUAUAUGUAUUUGUUAUAAUUGUUCCAGCUAUGUAAUGUUUUAAAACACCUUAAAUUUUAAAUACGUGUUACUUGGUGUCACAAGACCUUGAUACGAUUGCUAAUGUCCUUUGCAUUCUUUAUUUCCUUUUGAUAGGAAAGGUCUUCUUACUUGGAGUACCAGAAGAUCAUGCGAGAAAUAGAACAUUUAAGUCGUCUCUAUGUUGCCUACCAGUUUGUUUGUGCUGAAGAGACCAAAGUGCGCUGUGCAGAAGAACUAAAUGAAAUGCAGGAAUCAAUACUUAAGCUUCAGGAAACCAUGGCAGAGAAUGAAAAAAAAGUGAAGGAGCUAGCCAAUGAAAUCUCACAGAUUGAGAAAACGAGAGAUCAGGUAUGUAUUUUCUCUGAACUGUCAUUAAAGUAAACUAAAAUUAAAGGGACACUAUAGUCACCAGAACAACUACAGCUUAUUUGUUCUGGUGAGUAGAAUCAUUACCUUCAGGCUUUUUGCUGUAAACACUGUCUUUUCAGAGAAAUGGCUGUUGGAGAUCCUUCCUGGGUCAUGGCUGCCUAAAAUGCAUCCAAACAUUCAGUGUCUCCACCCGCUGCAUGCAGACACUGAACUUUCCUCAUAGAGAUGCAUUGAUUCUAUUCAUCUCUAUGAGGAGAUGCUGAUUGGCCAGGGCUGUGUUUGACUUGUGCUGGCUCUGCCCCUGAUUUGCCUCCUUGUCAGUCUCAGCCAAUCUUAUGGGGAACCAUUGUGAUUGGAUCAGGCUACCACUUCUGCUGAUGUCAGCAGGCAGUGUGCAGGUCAAAGGUAACCGUGACAAAGCAAGCAGCUCCAGACUUGAAUACAAGUAAGAUUUUACUAUAUUUAGGGAGGCAUGAGGGGACCAAGAUGGCUAGAUGGUAGUUUUAACCCUAUAGGAUAAGGAAUACAUGUUUGUGUUCCUGACCCUAUAGUGCUCCUUUAAAUGUUUUCACAUGUACUUGUAUGAAAUUUAGAAAAUCGCAAAUGAUUCUGACACGUGGGUUGGAGUAUUUGCUUUUUUACCUUUAAUUUUUAAACCUUGCUCCAGUAAAAUAGCUUGGCUAAUGUUUCUCAUAUUUUAAAGAGCUAAUUUUUCGGUUGCAGGAAGUUGGAGGACAACUGCGUAUAUUAGAAGAAACCCUCGCUGAGGCACAGAGAACUGAUGCCAAGGCACAAAGCACCCUGGACCUCAAGAAACAAAAUAUGAAAGCUGAAGAGAAAAAACGCAAGGAGUUAGUGAAGAGCAUGGACGAGGUGAGCAAAGCUGUCAUUUGGAAUUUAUCAUUAACUUGUUCACUCAAUCACUUUCCUUACCAUCAUUUGAAAAUCACAGUGAGAAGCACGCAAGCGCGCUGCAUUAACCCAUAUGUAAAAAUAGCAGUUUCUUUGAAACUGCUAUGUUUAUAGAAAAAAGGGUUAACCCUAGCUGGACCAGGCACCCAGACCACUUCAUUAAGCUGAAGGGUCUGGGUGCCUAUAGUGGUCCUUUAAAAUGUUUUAUUAAAAACCUGCAGUGUCAUAUUAGAGUUUCUCUUUGUAUCAGUUUAAAGGGUUACUGCUAUCAAAAAACAGUAGGAGUCCCUGUUUUUGGCCAGAGCAACCCUUCGUGUCCCAUUCCCCAACGGGGCGAAAAACAAAUAUAGAAUAUAGCCACAACUUGCCUCAAUUCGAAUGCCAAAAUAUCACUGCAUCCUGUUCCUCCUCCCCUAACCUCAGGGUGCCAGGGAGGGCGGGCUAAGGAGAGAACAUAGGAGGCACAGAGGAGAAGGGAAUGCUGGCGUCAAACACCAAAUUGGCACAGAAUUCACAUUAGACACCUAGGUUUCUGUUCCAUGCUUGCUAAUAACGUGACUGAAGGUGGAGUUACUCUUUGGAAAGUAGAGGUGUUAAACUCUGUCUGUGUACUCCACGUUUCAUAGCGAAAUACUUUACAUACAGGCACAUAAUCACUUCUAACCAAUGAGGUGGUCAUGGUGCUUGGGAUAACCCUAUAACUGGUAAUGGUAUUUAACAGCUUGAUAUUUCUUUUCUAAGAUUGUUUUUUUGUUUUUGUUUUCUUGUAAAGGAUGCCAAGGCUUUAGGUGGCAAAGAGAAAGAAGUUAAGAAAAUAACAGACAGUCUGAGCACGUUUCAGGAAGCAUGUCAGAAGGACGCCGAGGGUUUUGCUUCUGCCCAGCAACAUUUCAAUGCUGUCUCUGCAGGGCUUUCUAGUAAUGAGGAUGGUGAAGAGGCUACUCUGGCUGGGCAAAUGAUGACAUGCAAAAAUGAAAUAAGUAAAGCUGAGACGGAGGCUAAACAGGUACCUUGAGACCUUGUGCAGAAAAAGUCUAUCUUUGUAUUGAGGGCAAACCGUAUAAGUCAAGGUGUUUUAGCCAUGUCAUGGUCCAUUGUACGACUCUACAGACCUCGAAUCUUAAUUUCAGAAUUGCACAUUCUGUUACAGUGCCAGAGAAUUUUAAGCAAUAUGUUAAGUUGAGGAAUUUUCCACAUUUUUUAAAACUUAAAUGUAUUUAGAUAUAUUGUGCACCCCAAGACAGUGCCUGAGUCCUUUCUUAGUAGAGGUAGCAAGAAAGUCAUUUACAUGAUGGCAUCCUUUUUUCCUGUACUCCGAAAACCGCAAUGAGAUCAAAUAUUUAAUUUAUUUUCAUAUUCUUUACUAUUUCAAGUAAUACUUACAUGCUGCGCAACCUUAUAAUGUCAUUAACUUUGAACUCUCCUGAGCAGGGUUGGCUGUGUCUGUGUAUAGCUUUUUGUUGGAACCAUAUCUUCUCUUAUUUACACAAGUACUUUUAAAACUGUUACCGACUAUACAACUCAAACCAGGCAAGUUAUUUUGCCCAUAGGUUUAGUUAGUGUGUUUUAUUGGUGUCUGUUUUAAAUUGUUGCACUCCUACUUCAGGCCCAAAUGAAGCUCAAACAUGCCCAGCAGGAGCUGAAAACUAAGCAGGCUGAAGUCAAGAAGAUGGACAGUGGUUACAAGAAAGACAAUGAAACAUUUGAAGCAGUGACAAAGAAUAAAGAAAAGCUGGAAGCAGAAAUGAAGAAAUUGAACUAUGAGGGUCUGUGUUGAUUAAAAGCAGUGAUGAUUGUUGAUUCAUUUGCUGAUUUGUUAUUCAUUCACUUGAUGAGAAUCGAUCAUUGGCCUCAACGAAUUAGUACUCAUACAGGCUUAUUCAUUAAGUGAGAAUUUGAGUUGAAUCCAAAGUGAAUUUCAAAUUUAAAGGACCACUAUAGUGCCAGGAAAACAUACUUGUUUUCCUGGCACUAUAGUGCCCUGAGGGUGCCCCCACCCUCAGGGUCCCCCUCCCGCCCGGCUCUAGAAGGGGGGAAGGGGGAAAAACGUACCUUUUUCCAGCGCUGGGCGGGGAGCUCUCCUCCUCCGAUCCUCCUCUUCUCCUCCCAUGCGGCUGAAUGCGCACGCACGGCAAGAGCUGCGCGCGCAUUCAGCCGGUCACAUGGGAAAGCAUUAUCAAUGCUUUCCUAUGGACGCUUGUGUGCGCUCACUGUGAUUUUCGCAGUGAGAAGCACGCAAGCGCCUCUAGCGGCUGUCAAUAACACAGCCACUAGAGGAAUUGGGGGAAGGCUUAACCCAUUCAUAAACAUAGCAGUUUCUCUGAAACUGCUAUGUUUAUAAAAGAAUGGGUUAAGCCUAGCUGGACCUGGCACCCAGACCACUUCAUUAAGCUGAAGUGGUCUGGGUGCCUAGAGUGUUCCUUUAAGGUGAAAAUAGCUAAAUUAGAAGAAUUCUGUAGGCCAGCUAUGCUUUCAGUUUAGCUACUCUGGCCUUACAUUUGCAAUUCACUUAGAAGUCUCACUUUAGUAAAUAACUGACAUAUUUUUAUGAAUAUUAUUCAAGAAAAUUAAUUUGCUCAAAUGAUCGAUCUAAUAUUCCAAUUUCUCACAAAUAAAACUGAAAUAGAUUAAAACAAAAGUCCUCCUAAGUGUGAAAAACAUAUAUGCAGAAAUAGGUUAUUUGUGGAUAUGGUUUAACUGAUAUGGAUAUAUUUACUUAGAAGUGAAAAUGUCCAGGUUUGAUAUAUAAUUGGAUAGUUAGAUGUACCAUGUGCUAUGGUGUAUGUUCAUUCAUUGCAGAUAGGGCUUUUACGUUACUGCUGUAGAAGCCAUAUUCACCAACUUGAAACACAUUCUCCAUGUAAUGGUUUCUCCGUUUUAUCACCAUUAACAAUUGAUAGCUUUACAAUUGAAUUGAUAACUUAACAAUACUUUAUUUUAAUAAAAUCCUUUGAACAAUGUUAAUAUUUAUCCAAGCUGAGAUGUUUGCAGAUCCUUUUUAAUAGAUUACCUUUUAUUGGCAGAUGGGAAAGAAGAGUUGCUUUUAGAAAGGCGCAGGGAACUCUCCCGUAAUGUAAACAGACUUCGAGAGGCAUACGAGUCCUUAAUGGCACGAUACUCCAGCCUUAACUUUGAAUACAGGUAUGGUAGACAUCCUAAUAUUCCUCCAAAUAUGCAAAACAUAUAGAUAGGUAUCACAGUAUAUUGGAUUUCUUCGGUAUGAUGGUUAUGUAUCUCGAUCUCUAUCUGUUGUACAUAGUCAAACUGUUUAAAGGACCCUCUAAGGACCAAAGCAACUUUAGCUUAAUGAAGUGGUUUUGGUGUAUAGAUCAGUCCCCACUGUUCAAUUCCAUUUAGGAAUUUAAAUCACUAUCUUUUUUGCUUUCCAAGCUACACCUCUCUUGACUGAAACUCGCACAGCCUACACACUUCCUGAAAGAGUCUAACAUUAGCUUCCCUUAUUGAGGGAGCCUGCAAUAGCCUUUUGUAUGUAAUUUUGUAAAAUGAAUGAAAAUGGCACUUUAUUUCCUGUCAUAGUGGCUGUAUACCUGGUUAUUUACUCUGUAAUUGACAGCUGUCAGUCAAAUAGUAAAAGUUAUACAAAAUAGUUUCAUAAUUUUUAAACCUUUUUUUUUUUUUCCCUUUGGGUGUACUUCUAAAAGCAGCUUACUAAAGCUGCCGAUCACUCGUGUGCAGCCUUUGCAAUUCAUGUUGUUUUGCAAUCCCUAGUCCAAUUAGAGGCUUCCUGCUGUGCUCAUAGCUUUCUAAUGUUCCCUGGGGGUCAAAAGUAUCACCUCCAAGUGUAACGCUUUUAGUUAUAAUUCUUUUGUCAAAAGUCACUCUUUUUGCAUUGUCCAUUGUAUCACAAACCAGCGUAGUUCCAAAGACAUACUCCAUUGCUUUUUCCAAUUCAGAAAAUACUUGUUUGGCAUACAUGUACUAUCAUCUCGGUGGGUUAUUUGAUAAGUAGUGUUCCACCAUCAUACCUUACCACCUACGUUUGCAUCUUCUCUAGCUGUGCUGUCCGUUUUUAUGAUACUCUAACAUAAGCUUGACAGUUCGUUUUUUAUCAUGAACAUAGGGGAAACGGGGGGGGGGGGGGGGUUGAGUUCAUGCAACAUAGUAUUUGACAGCGUUUCAGUUAUCAUACAUCAUUCAGUUUGACUACCUUGGUCUUCUUGACCUCUCAACAGCUCUGCUCUAUUGGCUUAUAUCGCAACUUAUACAGAUAUUCAGCAUCCCCAGUCCUUUGCAAAUUUUUCUUCACAUCCCUGGAGUCGAUAGGCUAUGUGUUCAUAUGAGCUAAUUACAUCUAGUUUUUGUUUAACUGCCACAGAAAGAGUUGUUUUACUUUUCCAAUGCAGCGCUACAUUGACUUUGGUGAUCACUUUUUUGUGGGGGUGUCCCACCAAUGCGGGCAGCAUGUGCAGGAGGUAGUGUUCUAAUAAAAUCAGCACUUUUAAAACUUGUCAUAUUAUGAUAGACUUCACACAUAUAAGCAAGCAGAACUACUUUGUGUUUGUGUGUGUGUGUGUAGUGUCCAUUUUAAUACCUCUUACUACCUCAUAAAAACUAGCCUAACUUAAUAGAGGGAUUUUGGUAUAUAGACCGUGCCCCUACAGUCUCAUUGCUUAAUUCUCUGCUAAAUAGGAAUUAAAUCACCAAUCACCAUAGUUUAUGCAGCCCUAGUCACGUUUCCCUGCAUUUGACCUACUGUCUCCCUUCACAUUUCCAGUAAGGAUGGAUCUAAUGUUUAAACUUCCUUUAUUGCACAGUCUGUUUAAUUUAGAAUAUCAUGUCUCCAGCUUUGUGAAGUGUAGUUGGUGCUGCGUAAACCGAAACACAAGUGAUUUAUCCCUAAAUGGCAGAGAAUUUAGCAGUGAGACAGCAGGGGCAUGAUAUAUUCACCAAAACUACUUCAUUAAGCUAAAGUUGUUUUGAUACUUAGAUUAUCCUUUUAACUUAGAAGGAUUGGAUUCCAUUAUUAUUCAGAGGAAUAUCUUUAUUUGCAUGUAUUUUUUUCAGUGCAUCUAUAAUGCUAAUGCUGGUAAAUCCUCCCUGAAGACUUUAGUAUAUUUUGCAUAGGUUUUUUUAUUUUUAUUUUUUUAAAUUCAUCAUUAGCAAUAUGAUCAUUCAAACUGACUAGUCUUAUAUGGGAAUUUGGAAGUAAUAGAUACUUAUUGAUUGAAACCUGUGAUAACUGAUAUGUUUCCAUUAAGUUCAAUGUUUUCUAUUCUACAAGGGAUCCAGAAAAGAACUGGGAUUCAAAUCGUGUGAAAGGCCUUGUUGCUUCCCUGAUCACUGUAAAAGACUUCUCUACAGCAACUGCAUUGGAAGUAGUAGCUGGAGGACGGCUGUACAAUGUGGUGGUGGAUUCGGAGGUAAUUAAAAUCAUACCCCUUAUUUUCUUUCCUAUGAAAAUGUUCUGAUAUUUUUUUGCUUCUUUACUCUUUCAGUGCCUUAUUUACCACAUUUUACUUAUUUAGCUUUUUUUUUUCCACUCAAACAACUCCAAUGCAAUUCUAUUUCAAUAAUAAAGUUAUAUUUCAUAUAUUACAGGUCACUGGUAAAAAAUUGCUGGAGAAAGGAGAACUAAAACGAAGGCUUACCAUAAUCCCACUUAACAAAAUUUCAGCUAGGCGCUUGACAACAGACACGGUUAAUGUAGCCAAAAGCAUGGUAAGUAUCAUACAGAAUGUGAUAUUAUUCCCCCAUCCUGACUUCUGUUGUGAAGGGGAAAAAUGAUUGCUAAUAUAUGCCUGGUAGGCUAAAGAGUUACAAAAUUACUGGUACCUUACGUCUGUAUGCUGGAUGUAUACUUCAAACCACACAAAAUACAUUUUUGCAGAGCUUACCUGACUGUUUGUUAUCUGCUAGUGAAUGCCAAAACAAUCAAAAAGAUACUCAUCAAAUGCUGUAUCCUGACUACACUAAUAUGCUUAGCCCUAGGUAAUAUUCCCUGCUUUUGAUUGUCUCCUGUACAUUGUAAAUUAGGCAAAAUAAUAAUUAAUGGUACUGAAGUCUUUUCAUAUUUAAUGAAUGUGCUUUUAAGUAAAUACUUGUUAUCUCAAAUUACUUUUUUUUUUCCAUACUUGAAGUACUUUUAAUUAUACAUUGUUAUAGAGAAUCUGUUUUUGAUACACAUGGUGGAUUUUGUAAUUUUUCUUCUCCCAAGCUUCAAUAUUGUCCUGGUCAGGUGUCCUAUGUUUAAGAAUAUUUUUUCUUGUUUGCAGGUGGGUGCUGACAAUGUUCAUUUAGCGCUUACACUGGUUGGGUAUGGUUCUGAAUUGGAGAAAGCAAUGGAGUACGUCUUUGGAACUACGCUGGUUUGUAAUACAAUGGACAAUGCAAAAAGAGUGACUUUUGACAAAAGAAUUAUGACUAAAAGCGUUACACUUGGAGGUGAUACUUUUGAUCCCCAGGGAACAUUAAGUGGAGGUAAUCUUUUUUUUAAAUAUUUUUUUUGGUGUGUUUCCUAUUAUUUAAAGCAAGUAAAUCAAUAACAUUGAAUAAAUUCUAGAUAAUUAUACCAAUAUUAUAGUAUGUAACUUGUAAAGGUACGCCUAGCGUGUCAUCAGUACCCAAGUGUAUCUUGAACCUUGAUGUUUAUUACACAACCUAUUGGGAUUCUUUUUUUUUUUUUUUAUAUAUAAUCUUUAUUUAAAGGGUUUCCCCCCUUUUUUUUUUCAUAAAAAAGACAAUACAAUACAGCAGUUACGUACAAAUGGUAAAGAAACAAUUUUCCUAUUUAAGAUAUUCAUCCAUAAGAUGUUUCUUUAUACAUUUCAAUUAACCAAGAACAAACAAUACUUUAGACUUACACAUCUACAUAAAAGUAUAUGUUUUGUCUCAUAUUAUUUAUUAUAUUAUACUGUCCAAAGCAUUAACAGUCAGCCUCAAUGUUCACUUUAAAUUUAUGUAGGAGAGAAAAAAAAAAAAACCCUCUAUUUAUCAAUCUUCUCCCAACAUUUCAUCCAAAUUGUUGUUUUCCUACUUAAUUUUUGUUUGCUCAAUAACACUUCCAUUUUUACUUGAAACUUAAGCUGGGCUCUAACUUGAUCCCAAGGAACUUCUCUAUCAUUUUUCCAUCUUCUAGCAAUCACAAUUUUUGCUGCUAAAAAAAGAUGGAUAAGAAUAAUUUUCGAAUCAUUUGUCAUUGCCGGCCAGUUUAAAUGGAGCAGGACAAUCUCCGGAGAGAGCCUCAACUCAAGGUUCAAGUCUACGGAUACAAACUUUUGAAUAUUAAACCACAAAUUGUUCAAUUUACUACACUCCCACCAAAUAUGCUUAAAAGUGCCUGUAUUUAUGCCACAUCUCCAGCAUAGAUGGUUUGCUGAAGAGUACAUUUUGUUCAAUUUGUCUGGUACUAAGUACCAUCUAUUUAGGACUUUAAAAUGAGUUUCUAAUAAAUUUAGCGAGUGUAUAUACUUCGAAACUUCUGUCAAUGAGAAACCCCAAUGCCUAAUAUUUAUAUCCAUAUUUAAUUCUUCUUUCCAGGCAGUUAUAGCUAUUGGAGUUUUUACUUUAUUGCACAUUUUGCUUAAUACCAAAGCUUUUGAGAGUGGUUUGUUUAUCUUGUCUGUAUUGAAAAGUAUAUUUAACACAUUAUUCAAAUUAGUGUUUGAUACGAUUAGAUGUGACGUCAAAAAACUUUUAAGUCUUAAAUAAUUAAACAGCUCUUUUGAUGGUAAGUUAUAUUCCUGUGUUAAUUGAGCAAAAGUUUUAAUUUUAUCUUUUACAAGUAGUUGAGACAGUCGCAGAAUUCCUGCUUGAUUCCAGUUUUUUUAAUUUAUGUCUGCAACUUGUUGUUCUCCAAGAUCUAAUUUUGAAUAUGUUGGAAUUUUGUUUUCUAUUUUUAGGGUCUUUUUAAUUUUAAGCCAACUAUUCAUUAAAUGUGUUAACGUUAUGUUGGGAUAAUCUUUUUUUUUUAAAAAAUUUGGUGGUGUUCCAAAUUAAACAAUCCAAGCUGGGAACUCCUCCUGCAAGUUCUGUUUUAUACCAACUUUCAUUUUUAUUUUCUUCUACUUGCAUCCUAUAUAUAUGUAAAAUUACCGCUGCCCUGUAGUUAUUUGAUAUUAGAGGAUAGGCCAGUCCUCCUCUGUUCAGUUUUUGUGUUAGUGUUGACUGACUCAAUAUUGUUUUUUUACCUUUCCAAAUAUACCGAGUAAAACUUUUCUGUAUUAAUUCCAACCAAUGGUUAGAAAUACGUAAUGGCAACAUUUGGAACAUAUAGUUCCAUUUUGGAAUGACGUAUGAAUUGACUACAUUUAUCCUUCCCCAGAAAGAUAUUUCUAAAUUUCUUCGGUUUUUCAGCCAUUUGUUAAGAUUUUGUAGUAAAUCCAAAAAGUUUAUUUCCAUUAUUCUAUUUACAUCUCUAGUCAGUUUAACUCCCAAAUAGUCCAUGUUGUUUUCGACCCAUAAAAAAUUAUAUCUAUCCUUGAUCUUAUUUUUAGUUUGUUCAUCCAAAUUAAUGUCCAGAAUCAUAGAUUUAUUUAUAUUUAAUUUAUAAUUAGAAAUUUUACUGUAACUGUCGAUUUCUGACAUUAAAAAAUCUAAUGAAAUUUCCGGUUUUGUUAUGGUAAUUAAGAUGUCAUCAGCAUAUAGACUUAAUUUCUGUUCUACAUCUAGUAUUUUAUAGCCAUAGAUUUUUUUAUUGUUUCUGAUAUUCUCGGCUAAUGGUUCAAUAGAAAGCAAAUAUAAUAACGGUGAAAGUGGACAUCCCUGUCGUGUGCCGUUUUUCAGUUGGAACCAUGGGGCUGUAAUAUUUGGUCCUUUAGUACGUGCUGAUGGAUUUGCAUAAAGGGCCAUGAUGGCUUUCUUAAUCCAACCAUCAAGACCGUAAUGCGACAAUACGGCAUCCAAAUAAAUCCAGUUGACUCUGUCGAAUGCUUUUUCAGCAUCAAUCGACAGAGCCAAAACUGGAACCCUAUUUCUAUUAGCAUCAUCUAAGAUGUUGACAAUUUUUCUAAUACUUGUAUAAGAGUUUCUGCCAGGGACAUAACCUAUUUGGGAUUCAUUUUAUCAACAUAAGGAUUACAAGUUGAUUCGUCCUCACUGGGAAUUGAAAGUUUAGAAAUUGCAGCAGGACUCCUAUUCACUCAGCUAUCAGCACAUUUUCUAGUCUUAUUGAAUUUCCCUAAAACUGUAACACACACAGUGUUUUAUCAAUUAAAUGAGUCCUGAAAAACUGUGCACAUGCAACUUGACAAUUCCUUUUAAUUUAUAUUAAUACAUAUCUGUUCAACGUGAUUCCCCCAGGUGCUCGUUCUCAAGCUCCAUCAGUAUUGUCCAAGGUUCAAGAGGUUAAAGAUGUCCAGGAGGAACUAAAAGUGAAAGAGGCAGAGUUGCAGACAGUGGACAAGGAACUCUCCAAUCUGAAGAAUACUGCCGAAAAGUGAGUAGGAUCAAGUAUAACGUUUUAUAGAGAGUGAUAAUGCUAACCUAGCUAACUUCACAAUCCCUGAACUUGUAUCUGAUAUGCAAGACAUAUCCAACCAGUAGAGACUUGUCAUCAACAAUUGUCCAUGCAUCGCCAUAGUGUUUCUUUUCAAUGGAAUGAAUAUUUUUUUAAUAAUCAAUAUGUAUUGUGUUGGCACUCUAUUACGGAAUGGUGCAGGUAUUAGAGGUAAUCCCCAUAAAGACCUCAAUUAUGUAUACAAAGAAAUAUAUGUUAUUAAUACCGCACUCACAUGCAUAACAUAUGCAUCCAAAAAAGAAUCAGUGUAAAUCUGCAAAAAUUCUUUAUUGUACACUAGAUACACCAAAUUCAUAAAAAUAGAAAAUGAAAGAAAAAGACCACUAUUGCCAAAUAUAAACAUUAAUGAUCCCUCUGUGAAUUCAUCUGUGGUGAAUGUAACAAAAUGUCAUAAUAUAUACAUCUGAAUUAUUUACAACUAUAUACAGUUCAUGAACGUCAUAUGAAUGAAGCUGAAAGUUCAUAUAUAUUCAGGUGGAUCCACCAUAAAUUGUAGAAAAAGAAAAAAAUGAGAAAAAAAGAAAAAUAUAACAAAAUGAAAAAAACUGAAAAGUUCAAAGGACUGCAAAAAAUGCACUGCUUAUUUGAUGAAAUUGGUUGGAUCUCACCAUAGAUUAUGGAUGCUUUAGAUAUGGACUGUGGAGUGAAGUCUGUUCACUUAUAGGCAGAUGUCCAAUUGAAUGCUGAAGAGAGGUUCAAAAGUAUCCCUUUGUCAGUUGAACAGCAAUCAGAGGCAAUCACAAUCUGGUCUCCUGUCUCACGUGUCUCGUGUGUGGCUGGGCUGCGUGCUCAGGACGGAAAUGCCCCUUCGAAGGCUCUAAAUUCAGGAGUGAGGUUACUGAACUUUUAUGGCAAGUCCUGGUGGCAGCCAAUGUACCUCGCGGCAUGGCCCGCCCAUCAGCCUACUUUUUUGAUAGCGUGAUGGCGUCAUCAUGCGUAAUGACAUCAUAAAUUCAACUUUGUUGAAAAGUGACAAUUUAGGCAAUCUCCCCUGAAUCUUUACUGGUGUAGAAAGGUUUAAGUAAAACAAAAAGCAAUACUUAAUCUCCAGGGAAGAGUCUUCCAUACAUGGAUCUCUCAAAGCAUUUAGGAAAAAAAGAUAAAAAGAGCAAAUUAUAGUGCAGAUUGUAUUAAAUGUAUUCCCAGAUAUUAUACUCCAAACAUAGAGGGCUAAGGAAAUACCAUAAGACAGUGUCUUGAUUUUAACAAGCUGGUAGGUAAGGAGCAAAUAGUAAUACAGAUUGUACUUAAAUGUAUUCCCAGAUAUUGUACCCCAAACAAAGAGGGCUAAGGAAAUACCAUAAAGCAGUAUCUUAAUUCUAACAAACUUUAGGUAAAGGAUUCAACUCCUUUGUGUAAGAGCCAGUUUGUUAGUAGUUCUAGCUAUGUGUUUUUGUAAACUUGCUUCAAUGUGUUUUGAUUGCAUGUUUUAAUUAUCUGUGAUAAUAAAUCCUUUACCUAAAGUUUGUUAAAACUAUGCUGCAGCUGUGAUGAUUUCUUAGUAUACACAUAGCCACCCUCUACUUGAUUUUAACCAUAUAGAUUUUUAGAUGUUCAGUUAGAAUUCUAAUGUUACGUCAGACUUAUUAGUCUACUAUUGAGGAGUUGGGGGUAUUUAGUUACUACGGUGUUACCGGAUAAUAGGAGUGGGGUGGGAACGCUGGGCUACUCUGCAUAGACUAUGCUUUAACCCUACUAUCCCUGAAUCACCUGUGCUACUAUUGGAUAAAUGUGACACUUUUUGACUUACUUUCAUAUUAUGCCUUCUUUUUCCUCCUACUAUUUAUUACCUUUUCUAGAUAUUUUUUCUAUAUAGCGAUUGUGCUUGUUUUCCUUUUUUUAAUUUUUAAUUAUUGAUUAUUAAAAGUUGUAUUUUAUUGGGCCAUGGGUUGCUUUAACUAUACUAGAAACCUGUAGGUGUACUACUUAGAUUCACUGUACCCUCCAGGUUUUCUUCUAUCUUUUUUGCUUAAUUGUAAAGCUUGUGUUAUAUUUAAAGCUGAUUAGUAGGAUAUUAGUUUAAUGUAAAGGAUAGUUUGGCGGCUGCGUGUAUCGUUGCGUAAAUUCUGCAUAAUUUGUUUGCUAAUUAAAAAUACUUAUAAAUUCUAAUACUGGUUAAUGAUUGGCCAGUCUUGUAGUAGGCUAUCAAAACACAUACAAAUGUAACUGUAUGAUAUUAAUUUGUUAUAAUAAUAAUACUCCAAACUUUAACCUUGUUAGGUAUCUGCCAAGGUUUCCUCUUCUGUUUUUGAAUAUACGAUUAUGAAAAUUGCCUUCAAGCAGAAUACCUUAUUUUUUUGCAGGUACCGUCAGUUAAAACAGCAGUGGGAAAUGAAGUCUGAAGAAGCAGAUUUGCUCCAAACCAAACUUCAGCAAAGUUCUUACCAUAAGCAGCAGGAAGAGCUUGAUACAUUGAAGCAGACUAUUGGUGAGGAAAAUAAAGUUUUAUUUCUCUUUCAUUAAAACUUGUCAUCUUUGAUCUGACUCAGGCUGUGUACAAUUGGUGAGACCAGCACAAAAACACAAACGCUGUUUACCACCAUCACCACUAUCGAGAACAAGUUGGAAAAGUAGCAAACUGUAGUCAUUGCAGUGCUUGGAGUGUUCCUUUAAGAAAAUGUAAAACCUGCUCAUUACUCCUUUCCUUCUCUGACCUGUAUUUCUAAAUUAGAGUUAUGUUUAAUGGAAACAGUGUCUUGAAACCAAACUCUUACAUGUAGGUGACUCCUGCUGGGAAAACAACAAAAGUAAUUAGAGUAAAUCUACAGGUGCCUCCCAUAAAGGAAUUGUGGGGAAAAGUAACUAAUCCCUCAACUCCAGAUCCGGGCUUAACCCGUAAUAAAUCAAAUAAUGAGGCGAAAUACGUCGACUAGUCACUUUCUCUGGACCUGAACUCCUUCUGGGAUACUUAACAUAAACUCUAACACUGCUUAUUUCAUGCAAUAUUAUAAUAAAAUGAUGGAUGUGAUGGGUAUUCCCUUCACCAUAAAAGGACAACUGUAAUCUCAAAAUAUAUAUUUAUUUUCUUUUAUUUCUUAUAUUUUCAUCAAGUUUUGAAAGCUAAAUUAAUUUUUUUUUUAAUUUUGCUUAUGUAAAAAUUAAGGAAAAACACAUCCCUAUCACAUUCUCAUUGUUUACAGAUAAUUGAAAAAGGAAAAAUAAAAAUCUCCUUCCUUUAAAAAUUCGAUAAACAGAUUAUUUUAUUAGAUGGCAGUUGUUUGUGAACUAGUCUCUCUCAUGUUAAAAGGUGAAUAAAAUUGAUAGAUUACUGGUGUAGUCUAAAGUGGCACAAUCUACCUAUAUUUCAUAUAUACUGUUAUAGAGUAAAGAAAUUCCCUUUAUUAUUUUUUUUUUUUUAUAUAAAGUGGUUUUGUUUUAAUAAGAUAAAGGAUUCCAUCUGUUUCCACAUUGAAUAUCCAGCAUUAGCAGGAAGUUCAAAUAACCCAUGCCUCUUCAAUCUCAUUUGGAAUGCUGAGAACUAUCACAGGUCUAAUUCGUUAUGUUUUGGUAAACAUGGGUUAUGGUGUCUGAAUAAGCAAUUUCUUGAGUAAAAACAGUCAUAAGUUGGCAUAGGAUUUAGGAAACUUUACUCCUUGGAAGAAAAUAAGUAAACCUCAUACUAGAAGUAAAAAAUCCUGGUAGCAAACCUUUAUUAUUUACGAAUGGUCUUAAAAUUCUGCCCCUCAAUUGAGUAUCAUUUUACCUUUGUAAUGAGAGCCUAUGUUACUGAUUUUGUAAACUCAUUCAAUUCAUGUGGGUAAUACAUUUUUGUACAGUUCAAUGCAUACUAUGUCAUUUUCAGAGGAGAGUGAAGAAACCAUGAAGAAAACUAAAGAAGUACAGCAGAAAGCAGAGGAAAAAUUCAAGGUUUUGGAGCACAAGAUGAAAAAUGCAGAAGCUGAGCGUGAGCGAGAGCUGAAGGAAGCCCAGCAGAAAUUAGAUGCAGCAAAGAAGAAAGCUGAUGCUUCCAGCAAGAAGAUGAAAGAAAAACAGCAGGUUGGUUUGUAAUAUGCAAUUACCAGUGUUUGUCGUGCUAUCGUAAUAUAUAUAUGUAGAUGGGUAAAGCUGGUUUAGCCUGCGUGUACCUCUCCAGCUGUUAUUACAUCAAAUCUCCCAUUUCCCAUGGCAACAGUUAGCACAGUGAUAAAAUGCAUAAACUGAAAACCCCCGGCUUGAUUAUUCCACAUUUUGUUUGGAUUUAGUCGUUUACUGUAUUUUUUAAGUCUAAAAUUGAGGGUCGUCUUAUACACGGAAUGCCAUUGCAAUGGUUAAAAAGAACCACUUGUGCGCGGGCCCAGGUUAAGAUGGCACCUGCUGCAUUUCAGUGUGCCACGGCCCAGACACACACACCUGGCCUCCAUUCCGCCGAUCCACUUCUGAAUGCUGUGGCAAGGAGGAAGAGGUCCCUAUACGCCUGGGAGCUGCAGCAGACAUCAACACUACUGUAAUGUCCCAUUAUGCCCACAAACUUUACAAAGUACCGUAGCACAGGGGAGGUAGGAGAAUCAGAAGUGUAUUGUUCUCCUCAGAAGUCACCUCUAAAAUAUAAAAGUUGUUCUAUUUGAUGUUUAGAAUAUCGAUUUCUUAAUUGUGGGCUCAAAACAUAGGGGUAGUCCUAUACAGGAGGGUGUGUUACACACUGAAAAAUACGGUAAUCUAGGCUUAACGAAUGUGCAGUCUCACUGAGUGUGUUGUAACAUGCUAACAUCGUCAUCUAGGUUGCAAAAACUAAAGUCCAUUGAGUUCAACUUUUAAAGUCUGACUGCCUUUGCUUUGUUUUAGGAAGUAGAUGCCUUGGUUCUAGAGCUGGAAGAACUCCGUAGAGAACAGACCACCUGUAAGCAGCAGAUCGAAUCCGUGGAUGAGGCAAUAAAAGCCUAUCAGGAGCAAGUUGACAGCAUGGCUUCAGAAGUUGCAAAAAGCAAGGUGGGAGUUUUUUACCAAGUGCAAAUGUAUGCAACUUUAUGCACUGGGGAAUUAUCACUCAUUUAAGCAAAUUGGUGUUCUACAUAUAACAAGCUAUAGCAAGGGUAAUGGUUUUUUGUUUUCAGUUUUGUUUUGUUUUUAAUUGAAUUAUUUUACCACUCCUUUUAUUAAUUGUGGCGUAUGAGUUACCUAGAUUUGGUUUCACCAUGGUGUGUUUGAAAUUCUUGUUUUAGGAAGCUGUCAAGAAAGCUCAAGAAGAAUUGGCAAAGCAGAAGGCAAUCAUUAUAGGGCAUGAUAAAGAAAUUAAAGCCAAGUCAGCAGAGGCUGCCAAGCUCCAGGAAAAUAACAAUGAGUCCCAACUAAAGAUCAAGGAGCUGGAACAUAAUAUCAGCAAACACAAAAAGGACAGCGCUGAUGCUGCUGCGAGGGUAACAUGCGAUAUUAAUUUUCAUCUUCAUUUAGAAUCCCUGUGUAACAGCCACCCUACUCCAGUCUACCACUUGUGUCCCUCUUUCAUUACUGAACCUUUCCCCAAGCAGGACAAUCUUAUCCACGAUGCUGACACAUUGGCUUCCUUGCCAGCCCAUCAAUGUUCGAUACAGAGAGAUGUUUUUCUGACUGCUGAUUUCCUCUAUUUCUCUACUAAAGCACACAAAGUAUGCUUGUAAUAGCUAUAAAUACUGCAAUUACAGAGCAUGCUCUGUAGAUUUUGUAAUGUAUUCUGAAAAUAAUCCUUAUUAUUAUUUAUUAUCAAAUCCCCUCAGAGGGCCCCGCUUUUACACUCUAAGCAGAUUUAACCUUCAUAACUAAAAUGCUCCAUUCCUUUUAAUAAUUGUGUAGCCCGCCUCCUCACUUUUUCUAGUGCCAUAAUCUCAUUCUUUAGAGCAGCUGCCCAAAAUUGCACAGCAUAUUUUAGGUUUAAAAAGGUGUACAGAAUGACAUAAAAAGGCGUAUAAAGCUUGAUGACAUAUAGCACUCCAACGCAAAUCAGCAAGAUACAAUUUUACAUUUAUACUAACCAUUAAAAGUAAGACAGAUUAAAAGCUUAUAAAUAUCUUCUUUAAAGUACACCUUUGUCGUCUGUGAUGCACAAUUUAUAUAAGCUAUGCGUACGUUUGUAAUCUCAUACAAAUGUUAGAAUGUCCAUUUUCUUGUGCAUUAGGUAGGCAAAAUGCUAAAUGACUAUGAGUGGAUUGCUACAGAGAAGCAUCUCUUUGGCCAAGCAAACACUGCAUAUGAUUUCAAGACAAAUAACCCAAAGGAAGCUGGGCAGAGGCUACAAAAACUACAGGAGAAAAAGGAGAAACUUGGCCGAAAUGUCAAUAUGAGAGCAAUGAACAUGCUUACUCAGGCAGAGGAAAGGGUAAGUGCUUAGUUAACACAUAAUGUGUCAAACUCCGACAGAUGUUGGUUCUUUAUAUACUGACUAGCGUGUACGUGUUUGCAAGUAAAGUGAUCUAGAAAUAAUUGCAUUUAUCAUUUUAUUUUAAGUACAACGAUUUAAUGAAAAAGAAAAGAAUUGUUGAAAAUGACAAGUCAAAAAUUUUGGCCACCAUUGAAGAAUUGGAUCAGAAGAAAAACGAGGCCUUGAAUAUUGCAUGGCAGAAGGUAUGUUCAGGGGAGAAGUUUUGGUUGCUAUUAUUAGGGCGGGGAACAUGUUCACACUGUAUCAUAAAUAGUUAUAUAUUGAUCCAAAGUUGGUUUGUACAUGGCAUGAAGGCAAGAUUAAUGCACUCUGCCUGCAGAGGAAUAUAAUAUAUAUAUUGUGCCUGUGCCCACAUGGCUCCUAUUUGCUCCAAUGUUGGUAAAGGUUUCCACAAACUUCAGUCGCUCACCAUUAAUAGGUUGGAGUUUUUGGGCUACUUUCUAAAUUCUGUUUUUCAUGUGCAUGAAAGAACACUUCUCAAAAGCAAUACAUUUUACAGCAGGCAGGAUUUUAGGAAAGUUUCUGCAUACAUUUAAUUGAGAAGUUAAAAAAGUCACAGUGAUUCCUGGUCAAAAAUGUACUUUUAUUUCAGAAAGACUAAUGGCUGCUAUUUGUACAGAUCUAUAGAUAAAGUUGUUUUCAGUAUUAUCUAUCAAAAAUAAAUGUUGCAUGUUGCUUUCAGGUAAACAGAGACUUUGGUUCCAUCUUUUCCACACUGUUACCUGGUGCGAAUGCCAUGCUGGCACCUCCUGAAGGUCACACGGCUCUUGAUGGGUUGGAAUUCAAAGUUGCUCUUGGCAGCACAUGGAAAGAAAACCUGACAGAACUAAGUGGAGGGCAGAGGUAAUGGGACUCUGUUUCUAGCCAUACUGAUGGUCUUACAUCAUUAUUCACUGUUCUCACACUGCACUUUUGCGAUUUAUGCUCAUGCUAGGCUCACACACAAUCUGUGUGUUUCUAUGGGCUGUCUACAAGCAACAUAAUUUAGAACGGCAAAGAGUAAGAGUGCCUUACCAACUGGAUAUUUGUUGAUGCAGCUAUGCAAAUUGUAGAGUGGUGUUCCACUAUAGUAAGGCUAUAAGAGACAUGUGCUCUUGAAAGCUAUGACUUUCUCAUAUCACACUAUAACAGCAUUGUAUUAUUUUUCUCAGGUCUCUGGUUGCUUUAUCUCUGAUCCUUGCCAUGCUGCUUUUUAAACCUGCCCCAAUCUACAUUCUGGAUGAAGUUGAUGCUGCUCUGGACCUUUCUCACACACAAAAUAUUGGACAAAUGCUACGAACUCACUUCCGACACUCACAGGUAGGAAAAUGCUCCAAAAGAAAAGUAGUUUGUUGACAUACUGUAGAGAGUCACUCUGCCUGAUGGUGCAACUUUUGGAUGAAUAAUGGAAUUUAUCUAGACGUCUGGUUUUAGAGAAGAAUGCUUAUUUCAUUAUUAACAUGAUGAAUCUCUAAAGGAUCCCUCUAACAUGUAAAAUACAAACCUGUAUUUUUCUCAGAAAAAGCAUUAACAUUGCCGAGACUAAAUCACAUGUGUUUCUGGAACUAAAACUGUCAAUUUUAGUGCUAUUGAAAAGAAUGGUAUAGACUUGAUUAUUAUGUUGGUGCACUGGAGCCUUGAAGAGGAGUUGAUUCAAUGCAUCCCUGUAGGCAGAUGCUGAUUGGCCAGGGCUGUGUUUGGCUUGUCUGGUUCUGCCCCUGAUCUGCCUCCUUGACAUUCUCAGCCAAUCCAAUGCUUUCCUAUGUGAAAGUAUUGUGAUUGGCUCAGAACACCACUUCUGAUGAUGUCAGUCAAGCAGGCAGAACAAGCAGCAGCAGCAGCAGACUGGAAUAAAAGGUAAGAUUUUUAUAUAUUUAAGGCAGGUCCCGAGGGCUAAAUGGUGGUUUUAACACCAUAGGGACAGAAUACAUGUUUGUGUUUCUGACCCUAUAGUGUUCUUUUAAUGGUACAUUUUUUCUGAUUACAAAUUGACUUUUAAUGUUUUAGUAAUGUUAUUGUUAUCAGGUAAUCCUGUAAUGUGAUUUUUAUAUUUACAUUUAUUUAUAUAUUUUUGUUUCUAGUUUGUUGUUGUGUCGCUCAAAGACGGUAUGUUCAACAAUGCCAAUGUCCUUUUCAAGACAAAGUUUGUUGACGGAGUGUCUACAGUAGCAAGAUUUACACAGAACCAGAAUGGAAGCAGUUCAGCUUCACAGCAAAGAACAGAGAAGUCAAAAGCAAAGGAAAAAAAGAGUCGGGAUGCAUGA